AUGUCUGCCCCUCUCCGUUCUAUUGGCCGCGAUGGCCCUAAGGUCAGUGCCAUGGGCCUUGGUCUCAUGAGCAUUGGUGGCGCCUAUGGUCAGGCUGGCCCUCUCGAUGAGACGGUCGCAUUCUUGGACCACGCACACAGCACAGGUCAGCGAUUCUGGGAUACCGCAGAUGCCUACCAGGACAGUGAAGACAUUAUUGGAGAAUGGUUCAAGCGCUCCGGAAAGCGCGACGACAUCUUUAUCGCCACUAAGUUUGGUUUGGUCCCCGAUGAGGGUAAAAUCAGUGUCCGAUCCGACCCUGAGCACGUUCAAGCUGCGUGUGAAACGAGCUUGAAGAGACUCGGCAUUGACACUAUCGAUCUAUACUACUGCCACCGUCUUGACGGUAUCACUCCCAUUGAGAAGACCAUCGAAGCUAUGGUCGAGCUCAAGAACCAAGGAAAGAUCCGCUACAUUGGUCUGUCUGAGUGCUCGGCUGCCACUGUGCGCCGCGCUCACGCAGUUCACCCCAUUAGCGCAUACCAGGUGGAAUACAGUCCCUUUGCCCUGGACAUCGAGGGCCAGUCCGAGCUCUUGAGCACUUGCCGCGAGCUCGGCAUUACCGUUGUUGCAUACAGCCCCAUUGGUCGCGGAAUCUUGUCUGGACAGAUCAAGUCCGUUAACGAUAUUCCCGAGAACGACUUCCGCCGCAUGCUCCCUAAGUACUCUCAGGAGAACUUCCCCAAGAUCAUGGAGUUGGUCCAGGGUCUGCAAGAUAUCGCCAAGGCCCACGGUGCCACCUCUGCCCAGGUGUCCCUCGCUUGGCUGCAGGCUCAGGGCCCUGACAUUAUCCCCAUUCCCGGCACCAAGUCCACUUCUCGCAUGGAUGAAAACGCUGGAGGCGCUCUCCUCCAGCUGACCGAGAAGGAGGUUCAGGAUAUUCGCGAACUCGUCAAGCGCACCGAGGUGCCUGGCCCCCGGUACCCUGAAGCACUGUCUCGUUUCAACGGACGUGACUCUCACGAGACUCCCCCUCUCUGA